UUCUCUGGAUGGACAAAGAGAAUUCCUAUGUUAAUCUGAGGAGGAAAAUUCCUAUGCUGAAUGAAGGGACAGUAAAGAGAUGGAUUGCUGAUGUGGAGACUAAACAGUGGCAGAGUACCAAAAGGGACAUCCAAGAUAUAUUUUCAUCUCCUGCUUGUCUGACUGGAAGUUUUGUAAGGAAAAGGAGAGCUGCAGAAAUGAUGUCUAUUCAUUUGGACUUAAAUAAAGCAAGAAACAUCUUUAAGGAAUUAACCCAAAAGGACUGGAUUAGUAACAUGAUAACCAUCUGUCUCAGGGAUAAUCUGCUCAAAAACCUUACAUUUCAUUCUCCGCACCAAGAAGCCUUAGCGGUAUUCUUCCUCCUCCCAGAAUGUCCCGUGAUGCAUGAAGGUAACAACUGGGAGAUCCUGGUGGUUCUGUUUGCAGAGGCUGUUUGUAAACUGAGUGACCAGUCUUCAUGGGUUCUGGAGGAGUAUUGGGCAACUCUGCAAGAAUCUGCUUUUGGCAAACUGGUCCAGAUGUUUAAAAGUGCCCUCGUCUCUGAACUGCAUUAUUGGGCUGGAAGUGCUGAGAAUAGCUGUCAUGUUAAAGCUCUCCUAGAAAUGCUGAAAAAGCUGCACAGGGUAAACCAGACUAAAUGUCAACUGCCUGAAAAUAUUUUCGAAGUAGACGAACUCUCGAACUACCUCAAUUUUUAUGAAGAAGCAAGAAGGAGGUCCUCUUGGAAAAUGAGCCCGGAGGCUGCAGAUGUACAGUGUUGCGUCUUAUUCAGUCACUUUCCAUUUAUCUUUAACACUCUGUCGAAAACUAAACUACUAUAUUCAGACUCAUUUUUAAAAAAGGAGAAAAAAAUUAGAGCUUAUUUGAGGUUGGCAGAAAUUAUAGAACAAAGAGGAUCCGAAAUCGUCCCUUUUUUGUGGCCUGCUUUUACUCUGGCAGUCAGGAGGAGUCACUUGAUUGAGGAUGUUUUGGAGCAGCUAAGUCAAUCUGAGAACGAAGACCUAAGAAAGGAGUUGUGGGUUUCGUUUCGUGGAGAAACUGAACUAGAGUUAGGAUCUAGGAGACGAAGGUUUUCUUUCUUUGGGGUGUUUCAAGAGAUGACCCGGCCAGAAUAUGGGAUGUUCUCGUAUCCUGAAGAGGCUUCCUACAUGUGGUUUCCUUGAAGACCUAAAUAUGAGGAGAAGAGAUAUUUCUUCUUUGGGGUCUGUGUGGGUCUGUUCAGUUGCAAUGUUGCUGAUAUCCCUUUCCCGCUUGCGCUGUUUAAGAAACUUUUGGCCAUACAUCCACUGAGACUUAAAAUCAGUCCUGUUUUGGGAAAGCAUUUGCAAACGCUUCUGGAUGAUGAAGGUGAUGACUUCGGAGAAGUAUUUUACAUCCAUUUUAAUGUGCAUUGGGACAGAAAUGAUGUAGACUUAAUUCCUAAUGGAAGUUGCAUAAUUGUCGACCAGACUAACAAGAGAGACUAUGUUUCUAAGUGCGUCGAUUACAUCUUCAACAUCUCCGUGAAACCAGUUUAUGAUGAAUUUGAGAGAGGAUUUUAUAAAGUAUGUGACAAGGAGAUUAUUGAAUUUUUCCACCCUGAACAACUGAAGGACGUGGUUGUUGGAAAUACAGAUUAUGACUGGGAAACAUUUGAAAAGAAUGCACAGUAUGAACAAGACUACGACAGUUCACAUCCCACCAUAGUGAUGUUUUGGAAGGCUUUGCACAAAUUGACUCUGGAGGAAAAGAAAAAAUUCCUUGUGUUUCUUACAGGAACUGACAGAGUACAGAUAAAAGGUUUAAAGAACAUGAAAAUAACUUUUCGCUGUCCUGAAAAUCUGACGGAAAAAGAUCCCAUGAGAACUUACACAUGUACUAGUGUCCUCUGCCUCCCUAAAUAUUCUACAAUGGAAAGAGUGGAAGAAGCACUCCAAGUAGCCAUCAACAACAACAGAGGAUUUGGCUGACCUUACAACGUAUUGUUUACCUCUUUUUGGAAAUACCAUUAAAAACAAAUUUCAUAACUCAAAAGUUAACAUAAAAGUCUCAUUCACUAUUCACUGUGUUUACCUGCUCUUUUGGAAUUAUUGUCAUCGC